AUGGAGGAAGUGCUAUACAGCAUACUGUUGGCCUCAAUCCCAGAAGAGGAAGAUGUUGCAAAUACCCAGCCUAGGCCUCCUAAUCCAAGCGUUGGUUCAACCGAAGAUAUAGACUUCGAUGAAUGGCUCAACACGGAUAUGUUUGAAAAUGAAGAUGUUCCAUCACGCUCUAUGUUGUGGGAGCAACCAGACAAUGAACCACCUGGCGAACUUGACAAUGAAGAAGCUGUACCAACAACGCGCAGCCACACUAGCACACCAUUGCCGUACCCAACGACUCAAUCUGUCUGGGUACCCGAUGGAAACGAACUUGACACAAACACAGCAUUGAGCAACAGUCAUCACAGAGAAUCAAAUGACGAUGGACCUGGGUCACGUCUAGCUGGAGGAGAUUUGUGUAGAAAACGUCCAAGGAGCGAGGAACGCAAUGAGGGGUAUCUGUCGCGAACUGGAAAUUGCUCGGAAAUGAACGACCUCCCCCAGGAACAGCACAUGGGACCUUUUAAGAGACAUUGCAAAUCAGAUGAGCACUCAAGCUCUGAGAACACGCCUCCUAUCAACGAUAGAGCUAGUCUACUGUCUGAUUUCGUACUUGGUGCUCUUACUUUGUCUAUAAGUCUCAGCAAGGACGACAAGAAAAGGAGACGGCAGAAUUGCGGUGGACGCGCAGCCGACUCUACGCGAGAAAUUGAGAGCGAGGACAAAAAGGAGUUCUCGAAAAGUAAAAACUUUUUCAGUCCAGGAGCAACAUACCUCCUUGAUUUUGCAGGUGAAGAAUCGAAAAAGGAGUUCUCCAAUCUUUUGGAGAAUCAGAUACCGAGAGCGAUAAGGAAUCUCAUGGAACAAGGCUACAGGAUAGCUAUUACUAACAAUCCUUGGAUUACGAACGAUCUUCUUCCGUCUGCGCACUUGCUCGAAAUAUUAAACCCGACGAAGACCGACCCUGAAGUUCAAACCGGCCUUGCUGCAUUACGGACACGAAACGUCGAGGAAUCUGGAACUUGUACUAGCUAUUCCUCUGGACAUGAGAGUGACCAAACCGUGCUUUCGGAGACUUUUGAGAGCACCUCAUCGCAAUUUGCUACACCACCGUCGUUAUUCAAAAGCACGGGCUCAUGCUCUUCGAGUCAUAUCUGUUCGACAUGCAAUGCUCCCUUCAGUCGACUUUUUGAACUGAGAAAGCAUGCCAAAUAUCAUGACAAGCCGAUUUCCUGUUCCGACUGUUCGCGUAGAUUUGGGCGACGGCGCGACUUGAUACGACAUCAGAAGACCACCCAUAGAGAUACGCAUGAGCCAGAGCGAUGGUUCUGCCCUUACAAGAUGUGUCGUUAUCAUAGCUCGCCAUUCGGGAGAAGGGAUAAUCUGUUGCGACAUGUGAGAAACAUGCACCUUGCAGACGAGAAAUAA